GGCAUGCUCCGCGCUCGGGCUCGCCCCGCCGCCGCCACCGCCGCCGUCGCCGCCCGGCUCUAGUGGCACCGCCAGUGGCGCGACACAACAUGCGACUGUGAAGUGUGUGCGGACAGUGACACGGACAUUACGCGUAACGUGAUUUAUUUACUAGUUUACCGGCAAGUUACUCAGUGAAACGAUGACUUCCCAAUUCGCCUUCAGGGGAUCUCCGCCCAAUCAGAGCACCAUAUCGACAGCCUCCAACAGUCCGCCGCCGGCGCAGGCGGGAAUGAGCGCGGGAGCGGGCGGCGCGAGCGGCGCGCCCCGGCCCAGCUCGCCCGCCGCUGCCCCCUCGCGCUGCUGCGACACUGGCCGCCCCAUAUUCCAGGACCCGAUCACAGGACAGACUGUUUGCUCGUGUCAGUACGAGUUUCUCAACUACCAGAGGCUCGCGUCCGGCGUGCCUCUGUCUAUGUACAGUGCCCCGUAUUCGGACGCGGCUGCAGCCACUGCCGCCGGCAUGGCAGCCUACUUCCCCGCAUUAGCUGCUGAUCAGCCGCCGUUCUACACAAACGCAGCGGCCAGCAUUGAGCUGAAAGAGAACCUCGCGGCCAGCGCAGCUAGUUGGCCAUAUCCCGCUGUUUAUCAUCCUUACGAUGCAGCAUUCGCGGGAUAUCCUUUUAAUGGAUACGGCAUGGAUUUAAACGGCGCAAGAAGAAAAAAUGCCACUAGAGAAACAACCAGUACAUUGAAGGCAUGGCUCAACGAGCACAAGAAGAACCCGUACCCAACGAAGGGCGAGAAGAUAAUGCUAGCUAUCAUCACCAAGAUGACGCUGACGCAGGUGUCGACGUGGUUCGCAAACGCGCGCCGCCGUCUCAAGAAGGAGAAUAAGAUGACGUGGGAGCCGAGAAACAGGGUUGAUGAUGAUGACAAUAAUAAUGACGAUGAUGAUCACAAGAGUAACGAUGGGAAGGAUGUUCUAGAUGGAAAAGACUCCGGUACUGGAUCAAGCGAAGAUGGUGAAAGACCGCAACAAAGAUUGGACUUGUUGGGGCAAAGAACUGAAUCAGAGUGGUCGGAAUCGCGUGCUGACAGUGGUCCGGAGUCCCCGGAACCUUACGAGAGGCCGAUACAUCCGGCUUAUCAGCAUUUACCAUCACGCGCACCACCUGGCAGCACGCCAGCCUCUGCAAAGCCCAGAAUAUGGUCCCUCGCAGACAUGGCUAGCAAAGAAGGGGAAUCUCCAGCGCCACCUCCGUCUGCGUCAGCGUUUUAUCAAUCAGCGGCUGCGGUGGCGGCGGCUCGGCUCGCCCAUCCCUACAGCCGGCCGGAGUUGUACCGCGGGCUGUACCCGCCGACGCACCCUGCCGACGUGGCGCUACUAGAGUACUCUCGCUCGCUGGCCCUGGCCGCGCCGGCGCCAGCACCGCCCGCGCCCUCGCCGUCGUCGUCGUCGACCUCCUCGCUGGCCGAGCCGCCGCCGCCGCCCCGUGCCUGACCGCUGGCCCCCCGACCGCCGCUGGCGCACCGACAAUAAACGCGUUCUCGCCCGACGAGUGCCGCGAGGGCCCCUCACGGUCUGUAAAUACCAAUAGACUAAAUAAUGCAAUUAUAUAUGUAUAUGUAUACAUACGUAUAAAUACGUGAUAAUAAUGAUAUGCACCGGUAGAGAAGUUUAGAUAUUGUGAUAGUGGACACACGCGAGACCCCGCGCCGUGAGGUUGACAACUCGCAAAUGACGUCGGCGCCCGCCGCCGACCGACCGACAAUACUAGGUGCUAAUACAAGUUGGACCUUGCGACAUGUUGCUGUAGUUAUUACUGGAGGUGGUUCAUACGAAGUGAUUUCAUUCAAAUAUAGGUAUUAAUAUGUGUUACGUUUCUUAUAGACAACACUGUUCUAGACUAUUAUUUGUAUGUAGUGUAAAUUAUUAUAAUUUUCAAAUAUUCUCUUUAUAAUUAGUGCCUAAUUACGUCCAGUGUUUUGUUUGGUAGUUUCACGCGAAUAUCUAACUUUCGACUAUAAAUAUUUAUUAAUACGAGGUCAGUAGUUAUUGUAACGAGCGUUUACUGUAAGUCCUUAUUUUUUACAAUUUAUUUUGAUAUUCAGAUUUAUUCAGAAUUAAGUACCUAGAGAAAUCUGUAUAGUUAAUUUCUAGUCAGGAAACUAUGAUUGUCGUCUAUGUUACAUGUUAUAACUACACACAUAAAUAUGCUUUUCAUUUGUAUUAUAUCUUCGUUGUCAUAAGUUAUUCCUAAUAAUCCUAACAGGGCUGGCUCCGUUGUGAUUUCCAUUCAAAAUAAAUUCUGUUCUUUUCGUAAGUGAUUUCAUAGUACAUAAGCUGGCACUUAUAAAAUACACAAACUUGAUAAAUAUAUGCUUGAAUUUAUUGAAUUUAUAUCAAUGUUGUAGUCCGAAUUAGGUCUUCUGGUAAAUAUUCGAAAUGUAAUAUGUAGAACCAUGAUAUCUUAUAAAUAGGGACCAAGGAAAUUUCCAAAAUAUAACCAUAUUCCCAUUAUUAAUAAAGCCAUUCAUUCGUACACAUAAUUUAUAUUUCCUAAUCAAUAAUAAACACCGAUAGUAUAGAUAAAUGAAAGUAAUAUGUUACGUCAUAUCUUUCUAGGAUUUUUUAAUUAUAACUAAUUUACAUCACGAAGGAACAAGAUUUAUUUUGAUAUUAAUAUGUAAUAAACUAGCCAGCCCUAUCCUAUGUAUUAAUAGUUUACAGUUUGAAAAAAAUAUCUUUCAUUAUUUUUCAUGAUAAUACGGCCUUGUAUGAUUGAAACGUUAAAACAAUUUAGUUAGUGAGGAUUUAUUUCUAAACACUGUAAAAUAUUUUUUUCAAUAUUGUAGAGACUGAAAGUCCAAAAUUGAGUCUAUAGUUUUGUACAUAUGUCACUGUUGUAAGUAUAUAUUGUAAUGAUAUCGCGAAUAUUUAAGAGAGGUACAUGCAAUAAAUUUUUCUGUAUUAGCAAUCCUUUUGAUGUAAAUAAUACGGAGUCUCCACGCUCCAUGUAGUAUUGUAAACAACGAAGUACUGUUCUGUAUAGACAUACACGCGAACGGCUUAUGUUUCUAAAAUACACUUGGUAAUGGAAGUUAAUAGAAUGUACAGUUGCGUACGUUUAAUCACUCUGUAGGUUAUUUUUAAAUAAUCUUUAACAUCAACAAUAUUCACUACGUGUUACUGAACUUAGCAAAUGGAUACCAAUCGAUGUAUAUUGUUAUUUUGUUAACUUCAAGCGUCUUUUAACCGUUUUCCGGAAAGGUGUGUGAAUAGAUGCAAUAAAAUUUAAUACAGAAAUUA